CGCGGGUGGGGCGGUACAAAACGGCGAUCCCGCCCCGCGCUCCUCACUUGACUUUGAGUGUCCAGCGGUCACCGGAGUCAGUCACAGGAGUCCGGAGGCGGCGCGUGGGGCAGCCAGGGCCAGCCCACACCCCUCAUCAGGAGGCACCAUGUGGAGGUGUCCGCAGGGGCUGCUGCUGUUGCUGCUGCUGGCUGAGUCAGCACUGGGAGUCCCUCGGGGCCGUGGGCGCCGGGAGCUAGCGCCCGCUCUGCACCUGCGGGGCAUCCGGGAUGCAGGAGGCCGGUACUGCCAGGAGCAGGACCUGUGCUGCCGAGGCCGCGACGACCACUGCGCCCUGCCCUACCUGGGCUCCACCUGCUACUGUGACCUCUUCUGCAACCGAACCAUCUCCGACUGCUGCCCGGACUUCUGGGACUUCUGCCUCGGCGUGCCACCCCCUAUCCCCCCCAUCCAAGGAUGUGUGCACGAGGGUAGAGUCUAUCCGGUCCUGGGAACCUACUGGGACAACUGCAACCGGUGCACCUGCGAGGAGAAAGGGCGGUGGGAGUGUGAUCAGCAGCCAUGCCUGGUGGACCGAGACAUGAUCGACGCCAUUAACCAGGGCAACUACGGGUGGCGGGCUGGGAACCACAGCGCUUUCUGGGGCAUGACCCUGGAUGAGGGCAUCCGCUACCGCCUGGGCACCAUCCGUCCGUCUUCCUCCGUCGCCAACAUGAAUGAGAUUCACACAGUGCUGGUUCCAGGGGAGGUACUGCCCUCAGCCUUUGAGGCCUCUGAGAAGUGGCCCAAUCUAAUUCACGAGCCUCUUGACCAGGGCAACUGUGCGGGCUCCUGGGCCUUCUCCACAGCGGCCGUAGCGUCCGAUCGCGUCUCAAUCCAUUCUCUGGGGCACAUGACACCUGUCCUGUCACCCCAGAACCUGCUGUCUUGUGACAAGCGCAACCAGCAGGGCUGCCAAGGUGGGCAUCUCGACGGUGCCUGGUGGUUCCUGCGACGUCGAGGGGUGGUGUCAGACCACUGCUACCCGUUCUUGGGCCGGGACCGAACCGAGACCAGCCCUGCGCCCCGCUGCAUGAUGCACAGCCGGGCCAUGGGGCGGGGCAAGCGCCAGGCCACUGCCCGCUGCCCCAAUCACCAUGCCCAUGCCAAUGACAUCUACCAGGUCACUCCUGCCUACCGCCUUGGCUCCAAUGAGAAGGAGAUCAUGAAGGAGCUGAUGGAGAAUGGUCCUGUCCAAGCCCUCAUGGAGGUGCACGAGGACUUCUUCCUGUACCAGGGCGGCAUCUACAGCCACACGCCAGUGAGCCUGGGGAGGCCAGAGCAGUACCGCCGGCAUGGGACCCAUUCCGUCAAGAUCACAGGGUGGGGAGAGGAGUCACUUCCUGAUGGGAGGACGCUCAAAUACUGGACCGCGGCCAACUCCUGGGGCCCAGCCUGGGGCGAGAGGGGCCACUUCCGCAUCGUACGUGGAGCCAACGAGUGCGACAUCGAGAGCUUCGUGCUGGGUGUCUGGGGCCGCGUGGGCAUGGAGGACAUGGGUCACCACUGAGGCUGUGGGCACCGUGCCGGGCCAGCCGGCAGAAGAGCCUGCUGGGGUGGUUGGUGCCUCCUGCCCCAUCUGCCUGUCCAGUCGUGUGCUCGAGACACAGGCAGGCGCCAGGGGCCUAAUCCUCGGGAGGGUUCCGCUGACAUAGCGCCCAGCCUGGGAGCCUUGGGCAGGCGAGGCUGGUGGAGCCCCCAGACCUCCCAGCGGGUACGGGACAGAGCCUGGCCUGGGAGAAACCAGCCUGCGGACCCCAGGCCCCCCGCACCCCCGUGCAAGACCACUGAAGCCGGGACACCCCCAAGUCUCUAGCCCCACUACCCACCCUACCCCUAUAUUCUUAUUCUCCAAAGAUAUUUAUUUUUCUUUUCACUGUUUUAAAAUAAAAACAAAAUAUUGAUAACUUUAA